CUCAAAUUGGAUCGGCUGCGACCUUGCCAGCGGACUCGCCUAUGCCUUUGAGCUCAGACCAUGCCGCCAGCUCCCCCCGAGAUGCAGUUGACUGAGCUCAACCCUCCGGACGAGGAGCUCCGCGUUGCUCGCGAGAACCUCGCCAAUAUGAAGACCGACGAGACCUUGAGCAAAAAGGCGUCCAUGCGCCAGUACUUGAAGGCGAAUCCUGACAACGUGACCAAAGGCGACGUGACAUCCUCCCUCGAGAAUUUUCUGAUUCUGCAGGCUCGCUCCCAGGCCAAUUACAAGAAGUGCCAGACCGAGCGCGUCGAGUCGACGACGUCGCGCAGGCACCGCGAGCUGCAUUGGUGGGCGGGGGAGGAGAUGGACAAGAACAUCGGCCCGAUUAAGGCCAAGUCACGGCGAGAGUCGGGGCCCCUACCCUCGCGCCCUGACAGCGUGACAGGGAAGAACGAGGACCCCUGCAAAGAGUGCGGCAUCCCGAUGGACUGGGAGCAGAUCACGUGGGCGGACAUGAAGAAGCUGCUCACCGAAUACGAAGUCGACGCCGACAAGGAUACCGUGGAUGCCCCGAAUGAAUUUCGAGCGGGCUCAGGGUAUUCGAACGACUUCGCGCCUGAGAAGAGCGAGACUGAGGUGAUGGCAGAGAAGAUCGAGACGGUGGAGGCGAACUUGCCCGCGGAGAUUUCCAAGCUUCAGGCGAUGGUUCUGAACGCGAAGCAAGUCAAGGCGAAGGCGGACGCAAGCGGGGGCAAGUACCACGAGGCGCUCAUUGCGGACUGCGCGAAGCUGAUCAGCCAGGGGGAUAAGCUCGCCAAGCUGCUCGAUCGCAUGGCCCUCGAGCAAACCAACGACAAGGAGAUGCCGAAGCUGAUUUCGCAGCCCGGGGACGUCCAGAAGAAAAAUGAGAUCGUGUCUAAGUGGGCCUCUACGCACGGCUUGGCCCUUGAUGCGGCUCCAGACAGCGGCUCCAAGAGGCGUCGGAGAGGGGGGGCAACUGACCAGUAGAGUAGCACAUGUUUUUAGAUGCGCGCUGUGUCUCCUGGGGAGCAUUGGUCGGCUCGAGACCGAUCCGCCACGCAGUGCAGGGUGCACGCCUUAGACGUGCGAACCACGGGGUGGUUUGCCAGGGAUCCAGGGUCACGACAUCAGCAUCGGCAUCAGCAUCAGC